GCUCAGCCCCGGCUGCAAUAGACCGAGGCGUUCGCCGCCGCCGCUGCAGGCGCGGCUCGGGGCCGCCCGGAGCAUCCGCGCCCCGCUUUCCCGGGAGACAUGGCCGAGGGCGACGACCUCCACUCCUUCACCUCCAUCAUGGACGCCCUCGUCCGGAUCAGCACCAGCAUGAAGAAUAUGGAAAGAGAAUUGCUGUGUCCGCUCUGCAAGGAAAUGUACAAACAGCCUUUGGUUUUGCCUUGCAUGCACAACGUCUGUCACCUCUGUGCCACCGAACUCCUGCUGCAGCAGGGAUAUAUCUGCCCGGACCCCACUUCCGAGCCAACGUCCCCGGCUUCCACGCCAGCCACGCGCAGCCCCCGCCUGGGGCGCCGGGUGGUGCCAAAACCAGAGCGCCUGGACAGACUUCUCAAAUCAGGUUUCGGCACGUAUCCCGGGCGGAAACGAGGCGGCAUCUUGCACCCCCAGAGCAUGCUCUUCCCGUGCCCAUUGUGCCAGCGAGACGUGGACCUGGGCGAGCGUGGUUUGGGCAGCCUCUUCCGCAACCUGACAUUGGAGCGUGUGGUUGAGCGUUACCGCCACACCAUCAACGUCAGCGCUGCCAUCGUGUGCCAGUUCUGCAAGCCGCCACAGCUGGAAGCCACCAAGGGCUGCACCGAGUGCCGAUCCAGUUUUUGCAAUGAGUGCUUCAAACUCUACCACCCGUGGGGCACCCAGAAGGCGCAGCACGAGCCCACGCCUCCUACGCUGACUUUCCGGCCCAAGGGUCUGAUGUGCCCCGAACACCGAGAAGAAGUGACUCACUAUUGCAAAACCUGCCAGCGUUUGGUGUGCCAGUUAUGUCGUGUUCGUCGCACACACACAAGUCAUAAAAUCACGCCUGUGCUCAGCGCCUACCAGGCUCUCAAGGAAAAGCUGACCAAAAGCCUUGCUUACAUCCUGAGCCAUCAAGACACAGUGCAGGCACAAAUCAACGAGCUGGAAGAGGCUCUUCGGCUGACAGAGGUGAAUGGCACCCAGGCCAAGGAAGAGGUGGCUCGGCUGAUGAACAGUUUGAGCGCCCUUCUGGAAGAGAAGCGAGUGGCUUUGCUUGGCGUGAUCGAGGAUGGCCGCCAAGACCGGGUCGCCAAAUUACAAGCCCAACUGCAGGAGCAUCGGGCCAUGAUGGAGAACUCGGGCAUGGUGGGGUACUCGCAGGAAGUCUUGAAGGAAACCGACCAGCCUUGCUUCGUCCAGGCCGCCAAACAGCUUCAUCACAGGAUCCUCAGGGCGACCGAUUCGCUCCAGGCGUUCCGGCCAGCGGCCAGCGCCUCCUUCAACCAUUUCCAGGUGGACGUGAGCCAAGAAGUGAAGCUACUUACGGACCUCACUUUUAUUAAAGCCCCGGAGGCCCCUGUGAUCGACACGCAGCGCACCUACACCUAUGAUCAGAUCUUUCUCUGCUGGCGUCUGCCGCAGCAUUCCCCGGCCGCCUGGCAUUACACGGUGGAGUUCCGGCGGGCUGAGUCCAAGGGCAAGGCCCUCAAGCUGUGGCAGCGGCGGGAAGAAGUGCGAGGCACCAGCGCCAUUGUGGAGUACCUGGAUGCCGACGGCGUCUAUGUGCUGCGCGUCCGAGGGUACAACAAGGCAGGGUUCGGAGAAUACAGCGAGGAAAUCUACUUGCGUACGCCUCCUGCACCUGUGCUGAACUUCUUUCUGGACAACCGGUGGGGGUUCAACCGAGAACGCCUGGCGAUCAGCAAGGACCAGCGGGCAGUCCGCAGCGUGCCCGGCCUCCCCAUGCUCUUUGCUGCCGAGCGCCUGAUGACCAGCUGCCACCUUUCAGUCGACCUGGUGAUUGGCGACGUGGCGGUCACCCAAGGACGCAGCUAUUGGGCCUGUUGUGUGGACCCCAGCUCUUACCUGGUCAAGGUGGGCGUGGGGCUGGAGAGCAAGCUGCAGGAAUGGUUCCAGGUGCCCCAAGAUGUGGCGAGCCCCAGGUACGACCCGGACAGCGGGCACGACAGCGGCGCAGAAGACACCACCUUGGAAUCGUCGCCGCCCUUCGCCUUCCUGACCAUUGGCAUGGGCAAAAUCCUCCUGUCCCACGGGGUGUCGCUGACCUCCCGGGAUCCUGGCAACGCCACCGUGCCGUUGCCCCCGCGGGUCGGCAUCUGUCUUGACUACGAGCACAGCAAAGUGACGUUCUUCGACGCCGUCUCCUUCCGCAGCCUCUGGGAGUGCGGGGUGGACUGCUCGGGGCCCGUCUGCCCGGCCUUCUGCUUCAUCGGUGGCGGUGCCCUGCACCUUCAGGAGCUGGUGGUCAAUCGCCAGGAGCGGAAAGUCACCAUCAGCGGAUUCUCCAAGUUGGACUGAACUCGCCGUGGGCCGAUUCUGAGCGUCUUUGGGGAGAGGAUCAGCAAGCAGAGGGGGCCUUGCGGGCUGGGCAGGUUCAGAAGCGGGGGCCAAGGCAGCCUCCCCAGCCCCUGCCUGAAAAAUAAUGGAAAAAUAUCUCUGGGCAUUGGGUGAAUGAGGGGAGAGUCUCAGCCGUGAGACCGUUACAGGGCCAGUACAUGUUGUCCUUCGCUGCCCACUGAUGGAUAGAUGAACUUCCAACGGAUAGAUUCUUCAAUUUUGAUUGUGGGGGCACCCUCUUCCCAGCCAGCCCCCCCAUAAUAAAUGACCAUCCCAGCUAUGGGGACUGAG